UGUGGAGUGCAUAUGAAGUUAGUGAAAGAAGUCUAGUUGAAGGACUGAGCAGCAAUUAACACCCAAACCUACCCACUCGUGAUAACGAUUAAUAAACCAACGCCAUUUCCGCGCCCAGCAGUUACUACUCUCUCUCUCUCUCUCUCUCAGUUUUCAUUUUUCAGUUUCCUCUUCUUCUUCCUCUUAUCAAAUGGAGAUCGAUACCAACAAGAUGCAGAUCACACCCACUUACUGAAUUUUCAAGGUUUCAUCUACAUUUCUGUUGUGAUUUUUGAUCGUUUUUAGAUUGAAAAUGGGGAAGAAAGGUAGCGGAUGGUUUUCCUCCGUCAAAAAGGUGUUUAAACCUUCUAACAAUGAUAAGCAGAAUGUUUUUCGCAAGGAGAAUGUCGUGGAUAAACGCCAUGAGGACACACCGGAGGUUGUCACAUUCGAGCAUUUUCCAGCAGAGACUUCACCUGAUAUCACCAAUGAGGAAAUUAGUGACGGUGACCAAUUGUCCCAACUUGGUGAUGAUCGGAAUCAUGCCAUUGCGGUUGCAGUAGCCACUGCUGCUGCGGCCGAGGCUGCAGUUGCUGCAGCUCAAGCGGCAGCUAAAGUUGUUCGUCUAGCCGGUUAUGGCCGCCACUCUAAGGAAGAAAGAGCUGCCAUUCUCGUACAAUCAUACUAUAGAGGAUAUCUAGCUAGACGGGCUUUACGUGCACUAAAGGGACUAGUGAGAUUGCAGGCACUGGUGAGGGGUCAUAAUGUGAGAAAGCAAGCUCAAAUGACAAUGCGGUGUAUGCAAGCUCUAGUCCGCGUGCAGGCGAGAGUGCGUGCACGCAGACUAGAGUUGACACAUGAAAAGCUUCAAAAGAAACUCGGAGAAGAUGAUAGACAAACAAAAACACGUGAAACCCGGAACCAGAACAUCGAAAAGAUCAAAGAAAGUACACUGAAGAAACAUGAUGCAGAGAUGAAAAGAGAACGAGCUCUUGCGUACGCAUUUGCUUACCAGCAAGAGCAGCAACAAAACUUUAUGCAUCCAGAUUCUGAUAACGCAAUAUUAUAUCCCAAUGAUGAUGGAAAACAACAAUGGGGAUGGAAUUGGCUUGAGAGCUGGAUGGCAUCCCAACCCUACCAUACGCGGCCCGCUGGGCCCCACGACGGAUCCUAUCUGACCCAUACAAACGAUGACGUGUCGGUUAAAACAGUCGAAAUGGAUCUGGUCACACCCUUAAGCUCAGACUACAUCACCACAGGUCGGCUCAGUGGGGAGACACUCGACUCGGCUCAACACUCUAAGUCAAAACGCCAAUCAGGCUCUGAUUAUUUCCCAAGCUACAUGGCUCCAACCCAGUCAGCCAAAGCCAAGGUCCGGGCCCAAAACCCCGGAAAGCAAAAGGCCCAACCCGUGAAGAGAACCGCUAACGGACUGUCUUUCGACACAUCAAGUUCUGGAGGCAAUGUAAUGUAUCAGAUCCCACGAAGUCCAAGCCCGAACCCGAAAGGAUACAUAAAUGGUUCUCGAGGUCAGUCUAAAUGGUCCACAGGGUACAGCCCAGAUUCUAGUGGAGGUGAUGAUGGGUCAACGAGUCGAUAUGGGUGGAGACACCAUUUUGGAUGAGUAUGGUAUAUGAUGAUGAUGGUAAUAACAAGCCCCCUAUAAUAUAUUGUGUGAUAUCAUUUCAUUCUCAAAGCUGUUAAUACGUGUUGCCACUUUUAUAAUUUAUAAUUAUGUUUACUUUUGUGAUGUUCAUUUGUA